CCAACUUUCUGCGGAUCUCCUAUAAGGUGGAGUUAACUUAUAGGAGAUUUCAGCGUUUUACCACCACUACCAAACUGAUGCUCACCGUGUGCCUGUUAUUCUUCGGACAUGGGUGUUUACAAACUCGUCGUUUGCCUGUGCGGUUUCAUGAGCAUUGUAGUUGCGUCAGAAGGCUGGCUGCUGCGCAGGAAACGCGAGAUCUGUAUGAACGGGGAAUACCAACAUGAGGGGAAAACCUGCUGCCGCUGUCCCACUGAACGAUCUGGCCAACUAUGGACUCAGCUUCCGGAAUGCCAUCGCUCAACAAGGAGCACUCCUUGGUCCUCAACAGGAGGAACUUGCAGCAUCCAACCAAGCCGUCAGAGACAUGGCCGGGCAGAUGGCUGCAUUAACUACACUGGUACAGCAACUUCGGCUCUCCCCCAACACAGGUUCUGCUACCACCAACGCAGAGGCAGCAGCAGCUCCACACCCUGCGGUUUCCACCAUCUCCAGACAUUCUGAGCCCCAUCUGAAUCAUCCUCCACCCUACUCAGGUGAGCCUAAUACCUGCCGCUCCUUCCUGUCACAGUGUGCUCUGGCAUUUUCUCUUCAACCAUCAGCCUUUCCUUCUGAGAGUUCCAAGGUGGCCUACAUCAUAACACUCCUCACGGUAAGGGCUCAAGAGUGGGGAACUGCUGUGUGGGACAACAACAAUAGCUGCUGUUCUUCGUUCCAGUCUUUCUCUGCUGAAUUCCGCAAGGUCUUCGAUCGAGAGGCGAGGAUCCUGUCAGACAUUUGUCAGGGAGAGAGAUCGGUUUCUGAUUUCUCCAUUGAAUUCCGCACCAUCACCGCCACCUGCGGCUUGAAUGAGAAGGCUCAGUGGGACCGGUUUCUGCAUGGGCUCUCUGACCGGGUUCAGGAUAAGAUCUACACUCUGGAUCUUCCUGCUGGGUUUGAUGACUUGGUAGAUCUAGCCAUUCGAGUGGAUGACCGUCUCACUCUACGCCGACACUGCCAUAGAACUUACACCUGUCAUGAGUGAUCUCCCACUGUUACCUCAUCUUCCUCUUCGGCUGCACCAGAACCUGUGUCGGAGGAGGAGCCCAUGCAGAUCUGGAGAGCCCGGCUGUCACCCGAGGAACGACGUCAUCGCCUGGUUAACAGCUUGUGCCUCUACUGUGGACUACCAGGGCACAUUGUCACUUCAUGUCCGGUAAAAGGUGCUACUCACCAUUAAAGAAGGGAUUAAUGGUGAGCGUUACUCCAAUGGAUAAUCCCCUGUGGGGUAGUGUCAUAGAAAUGUGGUCAUUCCUGCAUGUCUGUGUGUUUCUUUAUGGGAACGCUGAUUCACACCACUCAUGUGGCAGCACUCUAACCUGUUCCUCAUUAGCUUUGGCUAUUUAUUCCCCUUCGUUUCUCUGUCUUGUCACCAAAUUGUUCCAGUACCCCUUUCAUGCAGUCUCGCCAUCUGUCUGUCCGUUUUCUUGUU